AUGACAAAUUGGAUCGUCUUUUGGUUACUAGCUUUCUCCAGCUGUACGAUAGCCCGCGCAGAGGCGGCGGUGAUCAAGGAGCUGGUCGACUUGCUGACCCAAAACCAACACCAAGAACGGCAAUUACCCGGUGUGAAACCGAGGUUCGACGCGAAAGCACAAAGGAUCGACGUAUCAGGCCGACACGCAUUCAAGGCGCCCGGCCCGGGGGAUCAACGGGGCCCAUGCCCAGGACUAAACGCACUCGCCAAUCACAACUACCUCCCCCACAGCGGCGUCGCCUCUAUCUCCGAAUUCAUCCUAGCAACCAACCGAGUCUACGGCAUGGGCAUGGAUCUCGCGGCUGCCUUGUGCCUCCUCGGUGGAGUUUUCACAGGGGACGGCGUGAAGUACAGUAUAGGAGGGGCCACACCCCUAGUCCCUGCCCCCCUCGGCGGGAUCCUCGGCACACCCCAGGGUCUUUCCAACAGCCACAACAGGUACGAGUCAGAUUGCUCGGUGACCCGCGGUGACCUGUAUCAAUACGGCAAUGCGUAUCGACUCCAGAUGUCCCAGUUCAAAGAUCUCCUAGCCAUGCGUAAUGAAUCCGGGAAUUACAACCUGGAGACAAUGGGCGCCUUCCUCGGGAAAAGGUUCUUUCAGUGUAUCAACGAAAAUCCGUAUUUUUUCCACGGUCCUGUUUCAGGUCUCCUCGUCGGGAAUGGCGCGUAUACGUUCGUUUACAGGUUUAUGGGCAACAAGUCCGCUGAGUACCCUGAUGGUUUCCUCGAUCGUCGGGUGCUCAAGUCGAUGUACGCCGUGACGGGCGAGGGAGACAACUUGAUUUAUCUCCCGGGUCAUGAGCGCAUACCCGAAAAUUGGUACAAACGCGCCAUCGGUGACGAAUAUGGUUUAGCGUAUUUCUUAACCGACUUGACGAAAGUGCUCAUUAAGUAUCCUCAUACUAUUUCAAUGGGUGGAAACACUGGUACCGUUAACUCUUUCUUCGGGAUCGAACUGCACAAUCUAACGAACGGUGUUUUCAACGGCGCGACCCUUCUGCAAGGUAACAAUUUGGCCUGCUUCAUUUACCAAGCUUUGCAGAAUGCACUUCCCGAUGCGGCCAAACCUGUGAUAACCUUAGGCUUUACCAUUAUCUUGGCCCUCCUCAGGCCGCUCACAAGUAGACCUGGCUCUAUCGGCUGUCCUCAGUUCUCGCAGUUUAAUUCAUCGCUGUUUGAUAUAUUUCCGGGAUAUUCAGAGUACCGGCCGGGUGGGGCCAACGAUGCGAUACAACAACUCGUUAGAUCCCUACACUGA